AUGUCUACCCAGGAUGAAGCCAAGAAGCCCCCCAUCUCAAAACUAAGACAAGACAUCAUUGAUUUCCUGGAGGAAAUCACUGAUGAGGCCUUUGAGGCCUUUCCUCCUCCGAUUUCCAAAGGCCAUAAGAACAUGGUCACCAAAGCGAACUGGAGGUUGGAUCGGCAAUGCCUAACGUCGGGUCCACCCCCCAUGCACAACUUACAAGUCCAGGGAAACUCGGGUAUUGUAAAACCAAAGUCCGCAAAGCGUCUCGCUGGACAGACUGUCUCCAUGGUCCUCGUGCCUGCCGAUGGCACGUGCACCGGCGCGGAGAUCCGGAAGGCCUUAAUAGAGGCCAUUUACUCCAACAUUUAG